UGCACGUUUUUCACUUGGGAAAUAUUCUUUAUCAUCUCUUACUGGCAGGUGUGUGCUACGCAUUCGUGUUUGUAUACAUGGUCUUACGCAUGUGUGAGGAAGUAGUCGACGGCUUUGCUCUGGCAUACGGAAUCGUGAAUGCAGGUACUGCUGUGGGAAUGAUGGUUCUACCCAUCUUUACCGAGUUCCUUCAUAGAACGUAUGGAUGGAGAGGAACCGUAGCCAUCCUUGGAGCAAUCUGUCUGCAUACUUCCAUUCUUGUGUUAUGGAUGGGAGAACCAGCUGCAAAGGAUGGUGUAGACAGUCAAGACGUGAGACGCCAACCAGAGGAACAUAUCUCUGCCGUCACUCUAAACGAGGAACACAACGUAAGUUCCGGAAGUGACGUAGAACAAUCUCCAUCAGAACAUCUACUGGACAGAGGGACUGGAAGUUCUUUGGACAGGACUCAAGUACGUCUGGAAUCUCUGCAAUACGUAUGUUCUAAGCUGUGCUCCAACAUUACAGGGUGUCUUCACGAAACCUGGAAGCACUUCGGUCUGUCAAUCCUGACCGAGCUACCUUAUACUUUGGUUCUCAACGCUGGGUUCUUGGUGAUAAGUCUUGUGAACACGGCGUGGGUGAUCUACCUGAUUCCUCACGGUGUCUCCAAAGGAUUCCCACUCUCCCAAGCCGUCUUCUUGGCUCUCUACGGCAGCAUCGGCCAAUGUAUAGGUCGUGUAGUACAGGGGCUUUUAGUAGACCGCAACUGGGUCACAUCUGUUGAACUGACUAUCAUUUGUUCAAUCGUCGGCGCCUUCACCCUUUGCCUGGAUCCACUGUUCCAUAACUUAGAGAUUAUCUGCACCCUGGCUUUCAUCGGCGGACUCGUGAAUGGUGCAAGAGUUUCCAUUACCGUGGUCAUCGUGAAACAGUUCAUCCCACGUGAACGAUUCAAGCAUGGCUACUCUUUAAACUGCUUGUUUUUCGGCAUCGGAGAACCACUUGGAGGAAUAGUAGCAGGUUACGUCGCAAAUGCGUUCAGCUUUGACAUCGCUUAUGAGGUUCUCGGGAGCUUUGAAAUCCUUUUAUCUAUCGCAAUGAUAACAACAAACUACUUCAUAAUCAGAACGGAUACGGCAACGGACGAUAUAUGGUAACAAAAUCCAAGGCACGUGGAGAUACCACAUAGUAUGAGGUCAACGAAGAAUAUGGUACGCCCGAAUCUUUCGUCCGUCAUCGUGGUCGUAUAAAUGCAGAUGGCAGGCACAGACGCAGCCUCUUUAACGCAGAGGUACAGAGAACAAGCGCACGGUUUAUUAUUUCUCAGGAAAUCGGCAUUAACGGAGGGGGGGGGGGGGGCGUGCCAGUGGAUUAUCGAUGUUUUUAAUAUACAAGGACAAAUUUGUUAAAGCUGUGUGAUACAAUGCCGAUUCAUUUACUGCUUUGACAUGGCUUAUUUCUCUCUCUCUCUCUUUCUCUUUCUCUUUCUCUCUCUCUCUCUCUCUCUCUCUCUCUCUCUCUC